CAGGCGUGAGACAGAGGGAGCCGCGGUCUAUAUAUAUGACACCAAAGCUAUCGCCUCUCUCUCUUGGUUGACUAUUCCUCGCGCUUGUGUAGUCGGCCGUGUCAUCCACUCGUAUUCUUUACAUUCUUUCACACUCCGAUUCUAAGCUUCCAUCAAGCUCUGCAUCAUGCGCUGGUCCAUUGGGCUGGUCUCUGCCCUCGUGGGCCGCGCCUUUGCUACCACACCGGGCGUCUCGCCGGCCUCAAUUAGCCAGUCCCAGAACCCUGGCACGACUUUCAAUAUUCAAAAGACCGUCAACACUCCAGAGAUCCCACCAACUCCAGAUAUUGUGCUCCUGGUAGAUAACACCGGUAGCAUGUUCAAUGCCAUCUCCGACAUCAGAAAAAACCUGAACAGCGUCAUCAGCUCGGUUACUAGCUCCCAGCCGAGCGCCGAGUUCGCCGUGGCCGAAUUUGGCGAUAAUCAGGGUGCAAGUACGGUCCCGUUCCGAGUGGACCAAGGGUUGACUUCAGAUGUCACUGCUCUACAGAACGCAGUCAACGGCCUGACGGCCGGCGGUGGCGGGGACACUCCGGAGGAUUGGAUCAAUGGGCUCUACCAGAUCGCCACGGGUGCUAUCAGCUUCCGCAGUGGCAGCAGCCGGGUCGUUGUCCUGGUUAGCGAUGCGUCUAGCCACGACCCCAGCGGCGGGCACACCCUAAAUGACGCCAUUACUGCCCUGAAGGCUGCCAACAUCCGUGUCAUUGCUGUCGAUGUCGGCUAUAAUUACCCGCCUGCAGCAGGUAAAGGAGGUAUCGAUGCCAAUGGCCAGGCCACCUCCGUGACCAGCGCCACUGGGGGUUCACACAUUCCUGUUGGCAGCGGCGCUUCGGGCGUCACAGACGCUAUCACCAGUGGUCUCCAUGAUCUCCCUGUCGAUAUCACCACCUCCAUCACCUGCGGCUCGGGCUUAAGUGUCUCAUUCAGCCCUGCAGACACCACAGUGCAGAGCGGCACCGCCGCCACGUUCACCGAGACGGUGAACGUGGCCAGUAAUGCUGCGCAAGGCACCACCAUUGACUGCGCUGUCAACUUCCUUCUGAACGGCGCGACGGGCGGCGCUGCCUUCGUCCAACAGGUUGCCGUCUCGGUCAACGAUAUCACACCGCCGACGUUGUCCUGCCCGCACGGCGUGAACCCCGAUGGUUCGCCCAACCCGAAUGCCAAUGCCAACUUCUGGACAUUGGAUGCCACCGACAAUGUGUCUAAAGACUUGAAAAUUUACGUGGUCGACACUGUCUCGGGCGUCAAGUUCGGCCCGUACCCGAGCGGCACAAACAUCAAACUCAUCCAAGCGCCCGGUGCUACACCCAACGUCAAGCCCGGCCAGGGCGCGGUCAACUGGCAGAUUACGGUCAAGGGAUGUGCCCAGCUAAUUGCCAGUGACGAUGCUGGCAACAAAGCGACACCGAUCAAUUGCUGCGCCCGACCAUAG